GGUGGAGCGGCGCCUGCUUUUCCAGGGAUCCAACUCAUACCUCAUGUGUUUCCAUACUCUUCCUAGAACAAGCACUUUAAACAAUCAAGUAUGAAAAGAAGUUUUCUCACACAGAUGUCCUUAGAGGUAAUAUGGAUCAGUCCGGAGUUCUCCUCUGGGUGAAAGCAGAACCCUUUAUAGUGGGUGCCUUGCAGGUACCCCCUCCAUCCAAGUUCAGUCUUCAUUAUCUCAGGAAGAUAUCCACCUAUGUGCGAACCCGGGCCACAGAGGGAGCUUACCCACGCCUGUACUGGUCUACAUGGAGGCACAUUGCAUGUGGGAAGCUGCAGUUGACUAAGGAUCUAGCAUGGCUUUACUUUGAAAUAUUUGAUAGUCUUGUAGUGAAGACACCAGAGGAGCGCCUGGAAUGGUCUGAGAUUCUGUCCAAUUGUAUGUCUGAGGAGGAAGUCGAAAAGCAAAGAAAUCAGCUUUCAGUGGACACCCUACAAUUCCUGCUCUUCCUAUACAUACAGCAGUUAAACAAGGUCUCUCUGAGGACCUCUUUGAUUGGAGAAGAGUGGCCUGGUCCCAGAAACAGAUCCCAGUCUCCUGACCUGACUGAAAAAUCCAGUUGUCAUAUUAAGAAUUGGAAUGAUUAUAGUCACCAUGCUUUUGUCUAUGAUCAUCUGUCAGAUCUCCUUGAGCUGCUUUUAGAUCCAGAACAACUCACUGCAUCAUUUCAUUCGACCUGUAGUAGUCUGGUCUCUCGAGAAGCUGUCGGGGCACUCAGCUUUCUUAUUGAGGGUACAGUGAGUAGAGCCAGAAAGAUAUAUCCACUUCAUGAACUUGCACUGUGGCGACCACUGCAUGCAGAAAGUGGCUUUUCAAAGAUCUCUAAGGCCUUUUCUUUCUACAAGCUGGAAGCCUGGUUGAGAGCCUGUUUGACUGGGAACCCAUUUGGUACCUCUGCUUGUCUCAAGUCUGGAAAGAAAUUGGCGUGGGCUCACCAAGUUGAAGGGACGACCAGAAGGGCUAAGAUUGCUUGUAAUACUCAUGUGGCCCCUAGGAUGCACCGCCUGGUGGUGAUGAGCCAGGUUUACAAGCAGACAUUGGCCAAGAGCUCAGAUACUCUUGUAGGGGCACAUGUAAAAAUUCAUCGUUGCAACGAAUCUUUUAUAUAUCUGCUCUCUCCCUUACGGUCUGUGACAAUUGAGAAAUGCAGGAAUAGCACCUUUGUCCUGGGCCCUAUACAGACUGCUCUUCACCUCCACAGCUGUGACAGUGUUAAGGUCAUUGCUGUUUGCCAUCGUUUGUCCAUCUCUUCUACCACAGGUUGCAUCUUUCAUAUUCUGACGCCUACCCGCCCACUUGUUCUCUCUGGGAACCGGACAGUAACUUUUGCCCCUUUUCAUACCCAUUACCCAAUGCUGGAGGACCAUAUGGCCAGGACUGGGCUUGCUACUGUGCCUAACUAUUGGGAUAAUCCAAUGAUUGUGUGCCGAGAGAAUAGCAACACAAGUGUCUUCCAACUCUUGCCGCCUUGUGAAUUCUAUGUAUUUAUUAUUCCCUUUGAAAUGCAAGGAGACACAACAGAGAUACCUGGGGGUCUUCCAGCUGCAUACCAGAAAGCACUGGGGCAAAGAGAACAGAAGAUACAAAUCUGGCAGAAAACUGUGAAAGAGGCUCAUUUGACAAAGGACCAAAGGAAGCAAUUCCAGGUACUUGUGGAGAACAAGUUUUAUGAGUGGUUGAUUAAUACAGGGCAUCGCCAACAGCUGGACAGCCUUGUGCCCCCUGCAGCAGGCUCCAAACAAGCAGCAGGAUAAGACUCCUGUGUUAGCUGCACUGGACUCUGGAAACAUGAAGGAGAAUGGAAGAUAGUGCAUGUCUUGAAACUAAAUUCGGAAGAUGCUCUUGCUGCUUAAAAGACUUUGGGGGUAUUUUCUUCCUAUUUAAGACCUUUCCUUGAUUUCCAUUCCACACUCAUGUCUCAUGUAUUACUAUUUAGAUUGAAUUUUAGCUAAACUUACAUUAUAUAAACAUAUUGUUUAUAGACCAUCAGAAAGCUCAUCUUUGUGAUGCCAAAAUAAAAAAGUUGAUGAAGUUAGUUCCAUUGUGUAUAUGUUAAUACUAAAGUGAGAGUAGAUUUGCAAGGGAACUUCACAUUUUACUUUGUAUGAUGAAAGGGUUUCAUCCUUUGUAGAGUUAAAUAAGAGUUUUAUAGUUCUUUGUAACUAUUUAAAAAGAAGAUGCUCCUUUUAAAAAGCAAUUGGAAAGAAUAUAUUAUUUGUUGGUGUAUAAAUAUAGUAGAAAUAGUUUUAUACAAAUGUAUUUUAGUCCUGAAAGUAUGAAGCAAUGAAAUUGUGUGAAAUCUUUAUUUUUCAUUUUCUGCUUCAGAUUUUCAAUAAAAAAAAUCUAAAAAGUA